AUGACGUCUACGAUCAACAUCGAUCCCCUGUUGGAAGAGGCAUCACGGUCGAUUAACCUAAACCACGUUACCCACGGAGGCGCCUUUACAUCUACCCCAUAUCAGGACUUCCGUAGGAACGGUACCGAUGGCAUACGUCGUACCGCUCACACAGGAAGUUCUCUCUUACUGUCAGGGACACAGCAUUGCAGUGACAUGAAAGGUAUCUUCACGGAGAUACCGAACGAUAGCUUUCCUCCGUAUCCGAUGCAGCCAUCGUUGGGCACCUGCAUGUCGCCACUGGACAUUUUUGAUGACAUGCCCUCUGCAAGGCCCGGGAGUACCACGAGAAGCGACAGACACCCUCCCACCAUCACAGACGCUGGCAGAUGGACCAGUGUAUCCACCAACCUACAAAAUCUCUCCCAAGGUGCCGAAGUACACAAUGAACCAGAGAUGUUCCAAGCAACCAAGACCCUAUCGGGGCCUUCGGCACCUCAGAGAGCAGAACCCAAGCAUCAAAACUCGAAGCGAAAAGAUUCGCCCGCAGUGGAUACCCCGCAAGAAGGACGUAGGGAGUCCAGGUUUGCUAAAUAUCGAGAACGAAACCGAGAAGCCGCACGUCGAUCCCGAGAAAAACAGCGAGAGUUAGCGGAGAGUCUUGAAUCGAAAGCAGCCUCCUUAGAAUAUAAAAGAGACGCCUUGUUGGAAGAGGUGGAAGACCUCAAAUGCAAUGUGCAGGAAUUGAGUCAAGGAGUGAUGGCCCUGCAUAGUCUGGCCCGUUCUCCUAGGACUUCCCUGCAGCAACCGCCCACGUCGACCUCCGUCUGUGUCUAUUGUGGAGGGCUCUGUGCACCUUACGGCUGUUGA